AUGCCUUCCGCAGUUGUCACCGGGGCAUCUCAGGGCAUUGGCCGGGCAAUCGCUCUCCGACUCGCCGAUGAUGGCUUUGACAUUGUUGUGAAUGAUCUCGCUUCUCAAACCGCCCUUCUCGAAGAUCUUGCAUCCGAGGUUAAAGCGAAACAACGAGGCUGUUUUGUCGUCACCGGAGAUGUCACUGUUGAGACGGACGUACAAGAGAUCGUCCUGAAAGCCGUGUCCAGCUUUGGGGAGCUCAAUGUUAUGGUAGCCAAUGCUGGAGUCAUCAAGAUGAAGAGCUUACUCGGUCUCACAGGAAACGAGUUCGACAAGGUCCAUGCAGUUAAUGUAAGAGGUGUAUUCUUAUGCUAUCAAGCGGCGGCGAAGCAGAUGAUCGCCCAGGGCAAAAGUGGACGCAUCGUGGGAGCAUGCUCCAUCGCUGGCUACAGGCCCCAGCCCGAUGCUCUGGCAUAUGCAGUGAGCAAGUGGGGUGUGAGGGGGCUGACGCAGGCUUCCGCCAUUGAGCUUGCACCCUAUGGAAUCAAUGUGAACGCCUAUUGCCCUGGGAUGGUCAAAACAGCGAUGUGGGAUGAGAUCGAUGCUGCGAUUACUAAGAAGCAUGGGGUUCCCCUUGGGUCUGCGUGGGACAAAGGGUCUAAGGAGCGGCCUGCAAUGGGCAAAACACCGACGGCGGAAGAUAUUGCGGGCUGCGUGAGCUUUUUGGUAGGCAAAGACUCUCGGUUGAUCACUGGCCAAAGUAUCAUUAUAGAUGGAGGCAUCCAAUUUUCAUAG